UAACAUCCAUCCUCCUCGCGCUCGGUAGAAUCAAUCUGUGCCAGUGUCAGGUGGUUCUCUGUUUCUUCUUCUCUUCUUCUUGGAUUUCCUCUCUGAAGACAUGGAGUCUGUACGUAUCAGUACGCAUCCUGGAUUUACUUGUCAUCGUGCUGAAAGUGGCAGUGGAGGCCUAUACGCAAAGCCAUGGAGCUCACAGAGUGCCCAUGGCGGUGGCGGGGUACACGGGACCAGAAUCUCCUCCGUCCACACCAGCAGGCUCGGGGGCUUCAGAGGAGGGGCAGAGCACCAGGUGUACACAGGUGUUACAGCUGAUGGUGGCUUCACUAUGGGUAAUGAGAAGCUCAACAUGCAGCUCCUGAAUGACCGUCUGGCCACCUACCUGGAGUCAGUAAAGAACCUGGAGCAGGUCAACAGCAAGCUGGAGCUACAGAUCAGGGAGGUACUGGAGAAGAAAGGGCCUGCUAGGGCAGACUACAGCCGCUACGAAGCCACGCUGGAGGACCUGAGGAAGAAGAUAUCGGAGAUGACAGUGGGCAAUGCACAGAUCGCUAUCCGAGUUGAGGGUGCCGGCCUAGCCGCAGAGGACUUCAAGGUCAAGCAUGAAAGUGAGAUUGGGAUGCGCCAGACUGUCGAGAGUGAUGUCGCAAAUCUGAGGAGAACACUUGAUGACACCAUCGUGCUCCAGCUGCAUCUGGAGAACGAUAUCGAGUUUCUGACAGAGGAACUGAUCAACCUGAAGAAGAACCAUGCAGAGGAUGUGCUGGAGCUACGUACACAGAUUUCCAUGGCUGGAGUGCAGGUGGAGGUGGAUGCUUCUAAGGGACACGACCUGGGAAAGAUCAUGGAGGAGAUGAGGGCCAAGUACGAGAAGAUGGCAUUGAAGAGCCAGGAGGAGCUCAAAGAGUGGCAUGAAUCCAAAAUCACAGAGGUGCAGGUCCAGGUGUCUGAGAAUACAGAGGCCCUGAAGGAGGCACACACCACAUUCAGUGAAAGCAGGAGGAGCAUUCAGUCCCUGCAGAUUGAGCUUCAGUCCCAGAUCAGCCUGAAUGCGUCUCUGGAGGGGAACCUUCAUGACAUUGAGAUGCGCUACAACAUGGAGUUGCAGAAAUACAACGCCGUCCUUCUGAGGCUGGAGGCUGAGCUGACCCAGAUCCGCUCCGACAUCCAACAUCAAACACAGGACUACCAUAUCCUGUUCAACAUCAAGAUACAGUUGGAGGCUGAGAUCGCCGAGUACAGGAGGCUGCUGGACGGAGACUUGAAAGUUGAGGUUGCUGUCGAGAAGAAACCAACUAAAGCUUUCCGAACAAAGACGCUGAUUGUCACCCAGACACUAGUGGAUGGCAAAGUAGUGUCUGAAGGAGUGACUGAGGAUGUCAAAUCUGAAGGAGGGAUUGAAGCUGUCCAAGCAUAACCACCCAGUCAAGAAACAUCUUCUCUCUCAUCAUCAUCAUCACCAUUUUCAUCAUCACCACCAUCAUCAUCAUCACCACUAUGACACACCACAACACUCCCAGAAUAACUGUUAAUUGUUCACAAAAUGACCAAUGAAACAAUCACAAUAAAUGAAGUCAAACACUUAAUGUAAUGGUUGUAUGUGUAUGUCUCUGUUUUCAUCUACUGUAACCAAUCAGGACAAAUCAGUUGGUUUCCUCUCUAAAUGCAUACAGGAAAUACAUGCUAAAUUGGGGCUCCAUUGAAUCUGUAUUGCUGAUAGUAAUGUCUUAUUGAGCCAACAUCAGCAGCAUUUAUUUAUAUAGCACAUUUCAGACAUGAAUGCAACUUAAAGCACUUCACAGGAAAAAACAUAAAUAAAAAUAAAAAUAUAUAAAUAUUUACUACACAACAAACAUAAGAGGAUGAAAAACAAAAGAAUAACAAUAAAAACUAAGGAAAAGCAAAGCUAAAAGAAGGUUUGCUUUAGGAUCUGUUUUAAAUAUGUACACAGUUUCGCCCCCCCUGUCACGCCCUGGUCGAAGUAUUUUGUGUUUAUCUUUAUGUAUUGGUCAGGCCAGGGUGUGGCAUGGGGUUUUUGUAUUGUGGUGUGUUUUGUCUUGGGGUUUUGGUAUAUAGUGGGAUUGUAGCUAGUGGGGUGAUCUAGCAGAGUCUAUGGCUGUCUGGAGUGGUUCUCAA